CACCAUCAACUACAGCUCACCGAGGAACGAAUCUGUUAGAACUCCUCACGCUUGCCGACACUUCCCAAUUCCCAUCAACUUUUUUUGGGCAUUUACCGGAAUUUCCCCGUAGGAUUUCUCGGAUCUCCAGAUCUUCCUACAUACCUGGGCUAUUCAAGCUUCUAGACUCACCAUGACCGAACCAACGGCUCCAAUCGAGAAUACUCUCGCAUCAGGAACAGCAGCGUCCUCGUCUACUACAGCUCCUCCGUCCUCGGAGGUUGAGAAGACUGCACUCGAGCGUGUCCAUCUACCCCGCAUUGCGAUUAAGUUCUGUACUCAAUGCCGAUGGAUGCUCCGUGCUGCAUAUUUCGCCCAAGAACUCCUUUCCACAUUUAGCACGGACUUGGGCGAGGUUGCCCUGGUUCCUGUGACCGGUGGUGUUUUCACGGUUACCAUUUGGCAUGCGACAGCGACAGCCUCCUCAGAGGGAGAAGUCACGACGCAAGAGAUUCUCCUUUGGGACCGGAAGCGAGAUGGCGGAUUUCCAGAGGUCAAAGCUCUCAAAUCUCUUGUUCGAAAUAUCAUCGCUCCAAAUAGGGACCUGGGCCAUACAGAUCGGGCUCUGAAGAAGGAAGAAGAGAAAAGGAGAGAAGAGAAGGGCCAGAAGGAAGAAAAUCUUCAAGACCAAGGAGAGCCGAAGAAAGAGUGCGAGGAUUGUACUUAAUAUCCUUUGGGCUAGGAUGGUUUCUUAAAGGGGACUACUAUUGAUGGGAUUGAAAGCAAUAUGAAAGUGUAGC